AUGGCGGCCUUCCGCGACAUGGAGGAGGUGAGCCAGGGGCUGCUGAGCCUGCUGGGCACCAACCGCGCCGAGGCGCAGCAACGGCGGCUGCUGGGGCGCCACGAGCGGGUGGUGGAGCGGCUGCUGGAGACGCAAGACGGUGCCGAACAGCGGCUGCGAGAGAUCCUCGCUGCAGAGAAGGAGGUGGCCCAGAGCCUCCUUGACGCGAAGGAGCAGGCGCACCAGGGUGGCGUCAAGUUGCAGCAGCUUGAAGCUGAGCUUCAGAGGGCCAGCGAGGAAGACGCCCAUCUGAAGGCCAGCCUCGUUCAGCUCACCAGAGAGCUGGAGGAGCUCAAGGAGAUCGAGGCCGAUCUCGAAAGACAAGAGAGGGAGGUCGACGAAGACACGACAGUCACCAUCCCUUCCGCCGUGUACGUGGCUCAACUUUAUCGCCGAAUUAUGGAAUAUGCUGGACUAGGUAACCAAAGAAAACUGACUCGACUGUGCCAGGCCUGUGACUUCACAUCCGUGACAACAGGUACAAAUGACACCGUAGUGCCUGACGACAGAUUCCAGGUCUUCGUCACCUGUGAUUCAAGUUUGGCCCUUUGUAUCCGUUCACCCUCUGAGUGCCACUGUGUGUCCGAGCUGUGCUGGGAACCCAAGACAAGACAAAGGGGCCCUUCAGCCAAUGGGGGAGUCAGAAGUGAUCAGAUGCCACCCUUGAGCUAGACAGUGUCCAGAGUGCUGCAGGAUCCCGGCCCAGGGGAGCUUGCCCCAGAGGAUGGGGGUGGCGUUUGUGCUGGGACUGGAAAGGAUGAGUCAGUCACGAAGAGAUUAUAUUAUGGGAUGUAAAGGGGCUCAUCCCUGGCUCCAGGGUGGGCUGUGUGUCAGAGACCACUGGCUGCCUCCCUCAUAUUUGUUCUCCCUUCCCCCCUUGGUAAGGAAAUCCUUUUAGCUACCCAGUCAAAACACAGCUUUUCCCAGCCUCCCUUGCUUAAGUCCAGGACAAUGAAAUGCAAAAGGAAGUGUUAUGUGUGACUUCUAUUUAAAAGGCAAGGGAGUAUACCCUUUCCCCCUCCACUCUGUUUUCUGGAAUUUGGAUGUGAUGGCUAGAGCCCUGGCAGUGUCUUGCUACACUUAAGGAGAGGUGCAAUCCUCUAGGGAUAAUAGGAGCCUGGUUCCUUAAUGAUGGUGGAGCUGGGUAUCAGUGCUGGACUUCCUUGGGGGCAGGGGCUAAACUAUUGUGUGUGUGCUUUUGUUAUUUUGGUUUUUCUAUCGCAAGCAGCCAAAAUAAACCCUAACGGAUUCGGCAUGCAGCCAAGGCCUGGGCCAGCCAAUCUGGGUGUUCACCUAACCCUCAUCCUCAGUGAGGUACUAUUAAGAGUGAGAAGCUUGUGGCCAGCCUGCCUACCUGUCUGAGGGUAGAGGGUGAGAAGCAGGGGCCAUUUGAUAUCAAGUGCCUCCUGGAUGCUGGCCUGAAGCCAGUAGAUUUGGUGGUUACAUGAACU